CUUCCUCACAUACAUUCUCUCUCUCUCUCUCGCUUCUUUUUCUCUCUGCAUAGAAAAUUUCGAUGGUGGUGGUGGUACCGUCGCCAACGGCGGUUGGCAACGAAAAACUUCGAGCCAUGGAGCUUCCUGUAGUGGACCUUUCGGCGGAGAGAUCGGAGGUCUCAAAGGUGAUCGUCAAGGCCUGCGAAGAAUACGGUUUUUUUAAGGUGGUCAACCAUGGCGUCCCGCAGGAUGUUAUACUAAAACUAGAAGAACAAGCCCUCAGAUUUUUCUCCCUACCACUGUCUGAAAAACAACGGGCUGGGCCGGCUGAUCCUCUAGGCUAUGGUUGCAAGAACAUAGGCUUCAAUGGAGAUACGGGAGAGGUCGAAUAUCUCACACUUAAUACCAAUCCACUCUCCAUCGCUCAGAGAUCCACAACCAUCUCCAAUAACCCUUCCAAAUUCAGCUCUGCUGUGAAUGGAUAUGUUGAAGCAGUUAGGGAGCUGGCAUGUGAGCUAUUGGAUCUGACGGCUGAGGGCCUCUUGGUCUCUGAUAGAUCACUCUUCACCAGGCUCAUCAGGGACGUUGAUAGUGACUCAAUCCUCAGGCUCAAUCACUAUCCUCCUAUACAAGUGGACUCCAACGAUCGGGACUCCUCACCCUCCUCCUAUGCUAAUAGUAAGGUUGGUUUUGGAGCCCAUUCUGACCCUCAGAUCUUGACCCUCCUCCGAUCCAACGAUGUCGGUGGCCUUCAAAUUUCUAUUGAGGAUGGUGUUUGGAUCCCCGUCCCUCCUGACCCUACUGCCUUUUGGGUUAAUGUGGGUGACAUGUUACAGGCUAUGACAAAUGGGAGACUUGUGAGCGUGCGACACAGGGCCCUAACAUACUCGCGCAAGUCUAGAAUGUCGAUGGCCUUCUUUGGGGCUCCACCCCUACAAGCAAGGAUAGCUGCACCUCCAGAAAUGGUGGCCCCCAACAGGCUCUCUCUCUACAGGCCCUUCACUUGGGCGGAAUACAAGAAAACAGCAUACUCUCUCCGCCUGGAGGAUACUCGUCUUGACCUUUUCAUGGCAUGCAAAGAAGAGUACUGAAUUGAGCAAUUCCAAGAUAUGAAGGGUUCUUUUGUGGAUUUCCUUUUUCUUUUUUUUUCUUUGUGGGGGGAGUGGGGGUAGGAAGAAGGGGCAUCAAGUACUGUAUACAAAGCUCUCGAUAGAUCCCGUAGUUUGUGCUUAGAAAAGGAUGUAGACUUGUAAUCUUAGAAUGGGAAAAAAAAAGUUUGUGCUAGUGUAGUUUUAGUCA